AUGGCUACCACAGAUGCAAUCUCACUAUCGCCUAAGAUCAAAAGGCAUAAGCAAUACACCCUCGUGAUCCCUCUAGAUCUUCAGCGAGACCGUGUUCUACUAGGCUAUAAGCUCCGAGGCUUCGGCCAGGGAAAGUACAAUGGCUACGGCGGAAAAGUUGAACCUAAUGAAACCGUUAUCGCUGCAGCGGUUCGUGAGCUCCACGAAGAGUCAGGUCUUCUCGUCGAAGAACCCGCCAUGAUUCAGCGUGGCGUGCUCCUGUUAGAGACUGUGGCAGACGAUGUUUCGCCAAUACUCGAAAUACAUGUCUUUACGGUCGAAACAUGGGAGGGGAUAGAAACUGCCACGGAGGAAAUGACCCCCCACUGGUUCUCACUCUCGAAAUCGCUAGCUACCCCCACGCCAUCAACUUCAUCAUCCGGAUCUAUUCUUCAUCCGUUCCUAUCUACUUCCUCCUCCUCUUCGUCCCCAUCGUCCGCAGCGGCGGUAGCAGCUAAAGAUCCUUCAACCGCCGGAGCACAUGACCUCCCUUCCAUACCAUAUUUCCAAAUGUGGGAGGAGUCACGAGUCUGGAUGCCCCAUUUGUUACGACAUGUUUCGUCGAAUGAAAAGGAUAUUCUAGUGGGUGAAGAAGAAAGAGGCUUUCUAUCGCCAUUAUCAUCGGAGGGUUCUGCUCCGAUUGCUGAUGAACCUCAUGACAAGAGUGAUAAUAACAACGAGAAGAAGAAAUACUUUAUCCACCAUGUGCAGUUCAUUGGAGGAACGGAUAUGGAUGCUGUCGAUGGCGGUGAGUAUAGUGUUUGGCAUGGUAUGGGUCCCAGACGACUGGACUGGGUCGAUGAACUACCGGUUGGAGAGUGGGAAGGGAAAAGGAGUUUUGGAACGUAUCCUUAG